GUCAAGAUUAUUGGCUAAGUGAUCGAGAUAAACAGUGUCGCCGUUACACAGUGGAUGAGAAAUUACAUGUACAUCUGUUGUGCGUUGAAAUUUAUGGAACAUGGCGACAGCAUCAUCUGAGUCAGAGCGUGGACAGCUGCACGUGGAGGAGGUGAAGGUGCGUUCUGGGGCUGUCCGUCGUAACCUAUUCGGCCCAGUAGACCAUCAGCAGCUGCAGCAGGACUUCCAGAGACUGCUGUGUAUGAGUGUGGAGGUUGCCAACAAACGCUGGAACUUUGAUUUCCAGAGAGACCGACCCACUCAGGGCUCUGUGGAGUGGGAAGAGCUCCGGUGCCAGGAUGUGCCCGCAUUCUACCGCAGCUGUGUGGUGAGAGCAGGGCUGGGCCGUCGUGUGGGUGAUGUUCCCAGUGGAAAAGUUUGUGCUGCAGUAUCAGCACCUUGCACAGCCAGAGAUGAGUACCUGGAGGUGAGGGCCAGGGGAGCGUACAGACCGGCUCAGGCUGAGAAGAGGGGAGCUAAUCUACUGGGAGUUAAACGCAAGCAAGCUUUCAUCACAGAAUUUUUCACCGUGAAGAAGAGAAGAUUCCUUCAUCAUAAGGGCCCACCGCGGCAGUGAGCCGAGAGAGUCUAUGAGGCUUCAACACUCAG